AACUAAAUUCACAAUCGUUGAAUCGUUUGCCCAGUAUUUCCGACGAUGACCACCGCACAAAGAAGCAUUUGGCAAAGUCGCUAUUAUAUGGUAAUGAGGAUGUAUAUGACAUUAGUGGGAAUAUGGCCAUAUCUUACGGUCAACACUAGGUAUCUGCGUUUCGUGACGACGUUUAUGUUCUCCAUGGGUAUCGCUGUACCCCAGAUUCUAUAUCUGCUAAACGAUUCGAUCGACAUUGAUGAAGUGUUCGAAUGCGUGCCGUCAAUAGCAAUCGCUAUAAUGUUCAGCUUAAAAUUAGUGAACGUGAUGAUACACAGUGAAAAAGUAAAAGUCUGUUUUAAAACGAUGGAGGAGGACUGGCUAUCGCUGAAGACGGAUGUCGAAAAGGCUAUUUUGCGACAAUACACCGAAUAUGGACAGUAUAUGUCGACUUCGUAUGCGCUAAUCAUACUUGUCCCGGCAUUGUCUCACUUACUUAAACCUAUCAUCACGACGCUAAAGGAAAACGAUAUCGAGAAUAUAACAAAAUCAUCGAUAUCAAGAUCAUCGAAAUUGCCCUUUCGCGUCGAAUAUGGCGAAAAAUUGGAUCAAUAUUUUUAUGUAAUAAUGGUCCACUGUUGUCUAGCUGUAUUCGCUCAUCUUGUCGUAACGGUUGCGGUUGAUAGCUUUUAUUAUACUGUUAUCCAGCAUGCUUGUGGAAUGUUUUCAAUUAUUGGACACAUGCUGGAGAAUAUUGGCAAAAAUGAUGAUGCCAAUUUAGAGGAAAACAAUAUAAAAGACAACAAUUACAGUAUAGCACUGGAAUGUUUACGUAAACAUCUUCACGUAUUAGAAUUUGCCGGACUAAUCGAGUCUAUAUUUACGAAUAUGUUUUUGAUAAGUGUAAGUUGUAAUGUGAUGAUGGGCAGUUUAUCUGGUAUACAGGUGAUAAUGAAUUUAAAUAGUGCGGGCAAUAUUGCAACACCUCUAUCUGUCUAUUUUGCACAACUCACUCAUCUCUUUCUACAUUUCUGGCAGGGCCAAUUUCUAUUGAAUUUUAGCGAUGUUCCAUAUAAAUCUAUUUGCAGAGCAAGAUGGUAUCGUACUUCACGAAAGUGUAAGAAGAUCCUUAUAUUAAUUAUGAGCAGAACUAUGUCACCCUGCAAAAUAACUGCCGGCAAGGUCGUGACUUUAUCAAUCGAGAGUUUUAGCGCGGUCCUCAGAACGUCGAUGUCUUAUUUAACGGUCCUACGUUCCUUCCAGUGAUAAUAUUAUCAUCUCGAGAAGUAGUUGUUAGUAAUACAUUUUUUUAGUAUA